AAUAUAAAUAAUCUAUUUAGGUGGUGUUUAUUUGGGGCGGUGUUUUUCUUGUUUGUGGUUCCUUCCUCCUACUGCACACGCGCAGGAAGGGACACGUGUGAGCUUUAGGCUAAAUCGAUGUUUCAUUUUGCUAAAUUUGUUUGAUUCUGUUGCUAUUCAGCCGUUUCUGCAUACUCUGUUUAUGCAUAUAUCAAUAUUUUUUUUCCCUGGUUUUUUUUUUUUAUUUUUUUUUGAGGAAAACGAAUGUUGAUUUACGUUUGAUUCUAUUAAGAACAGGGCCUCUCUGGUGGUUAUCUUUCAGCUUCUGGAAGCUGAAAAUUUAAUAACCACCUGGGAUUUGUUUUUUUACCUUUUUUGUGGGAAUUUCUUCUUCAUAAAAGAUUGUGAUCUUUUUUUCUGCCAUUUUAAUGGUCUGAAUGAAAAAGGAACCAUUUUUGUUUUUGCCCCUCUUCAAAUGUUGUGAGCAUUUGUUGUUUUCUAGCUGUAUCCUGCAAAACGCUUUUCCGUUUUAUUUUGGUCCCUCCGAAUGAGUCAGUCAUUCCAAUUGUUUGACUUUUUGCUUGUGGAGUUUCAGUAAUCCCAUGUUAUAUGUCUCUAAUAAUUCUUAAUAAGACAGGAUUAAGAAUUACUUUUAUGUCGGCUUUUGGUUGAUAACUAUUUCGUCAUAUUGAUCAGUGAUCACUACUUUGUACCGGUUGCCUCGUUCCGGUGUCACAUUCAUGUGUAUUACCCGUUUGACGUAUUUGACAAUUUGUUCAAAUGCUAAUCAUCCCUUCAAACUGAGGUUUGUUUUGUUCCUUUUUAUGGUUUUUUUCCCCCCAAGCAAUAUACAUUGAGGACUGGAGUUGCAUUGUGUCUUUUUCAUUGAUGCAUAAUUGGAUAGUUGCUCAGUUACGAGUCCAUUUGUUGUUUAUUGGGAAAGCAAAGUGAUCACUUUAUUAGGCCUGGAUUGAAUUUUUAAUUUGGAUUGGUGUUUUUAUCAGCCACUCUUGAAGCUAGAUAAUCUGUGCGGAGACGGCAUUGAUCAAACUUUGGGCUGCUAGUGAAAAGGUUGAGUUCCAACGGAAUCAAGUUGGAAUUUUUGUAUACAUACAUAUGAUUGGGGACUUUUGAUGAAACUGCUAGCACCUGAGGUGUGAGAACUGUAUCAUUGUCACUCAACUCAUGAUAAACUUCAGCAAUGGGGUCCUUGAAUAUGGAGAAAAAAUGGGUUUUUCCUCUUGCUAUCAGUUCCCUGGUAUGCCUUUUCCUAUUUGCCACCUCCUUCAAUAUGGGGAUGAUUUCGUCACUGAAAACCAUCAAUUCGAUAUUCUCGAUGUUCCCCUCUAUCAAUCACACUAGCCAAUUGUAUGUUGAUACCAAGAUUCCAAAACCUCAACCUCCUCCUCCCCCAGCUGCUCCGCCCAUGCCUCGCUUUGCUUAUUUGAUAUCAGGAUCAAGAGGUGAUCUAGAUAAGCUUUGGAGAACUCUUCUGGCGCUGUAUCACCCAUGGAAUUAUUAUAUAGUGCAUUUGGACCUGGAAUCACCACCAGAGGAAAGGCUAGAGCUUGCUUCUCGGCUUGACAAACAUCCCAUUUUUAAUAAGGUGCAGAAUGUCCAAAUGAUAACCAAAGCUAAUAUGGUUACUUAUAGAGGUCCAACCAUGGUUUCCAACACGCUUCACGCUUGUGCCAUUCUUCUCAAGAAAUAUAAGGACUGGGAUUGGUUCAUCAACUUAAGUGCUUCAGACUAUCCUUUGAUGACUCAAGAUGAUCUUCUGCACACCUUUUCUGGUUUAAAAAGAGACUUGAACUUCAUUGAUCAUACCAGCCGAUUGGGGUGGAAAGAGGGUGGUAGGGCCAUGCCUUUGAUUGUAGACCCUGGGCUUUACCAGAAUACAAAGUCUGAUAUAUUCUGGGUGUCACCUAAGAGACCUUUGCCAACUGCCUUUAGACUUUUUACGGGUUCUGCAUGGACAAUUCUUUCACGCCCAUUCGUGGAGUAUGUGAUAUGGGGUUGGGAUAACCUUCCUAGAACCCUUCUCAUGUACUACACAAAUUUUGUUUCUUCUCCUGAAGGAUAUUUCCAGACUGUAAUUUGCAAUGCCCCUCAAUUUAUCCCGACCAUUGUCAACCAUGACAUGCAUUACAUCUCUUGGGAUAAUCCCCCAAAACAGCAUCCGCACACCCUCAACAUCAAUGACACAGCCAAAAUGAUUGCAAGUGAUGCCCCGUUUGCGCGUAAGUUUAAGCAUAAUGACAUUGUGUUAGAUAGGAUUGAUACAGAACUACUUGGCCGGAAAAAUGGUACCUUCACCCCUGGUGGAUGGUGUGCUGGGAAGCCCCGAUGCUCCAAGGUCGGAAAUCCCAACAAACUCAAACCAGGGCCGGGUGCUAAACGGCUUACUCGCCUUCUGGCCAGGCUAGUCUAUUCUGCAGAAUUUAGAGACAGACAAUGUAAGUAGAUUCUUUUAGUGUAUCAGUCCUUUUACUUUGAAAUGGAAACAUUGGCAACUUGCUAGAGUCAUACACAGUUUUUGAAUCCAAAUUCCCAACAUAAUUUUUACCGCGGAUGUAGGACUACUGUAUAUCAAAGGGAUUAAGAGAUAUUACACAUUCAAGAGGACCAUAUUGGUUCUACCUAGUAUUUCCCAUGAUUGGUAUACUUGGUAUUUGUAACACCCAUCUUCCAAUCAAAUUGCUGUUUUAAGAAACAGGACAGAAACAUAUAUCUAUUCAUUUGACAGGAUGAAAACGUGUACAAAGUGCCAAAUUUCGGAAGUUGCAACGUAGUACAAAACAAGAGUUUUAUUGCAUAGUAAAGUAGAAAGUGAUCGAAGAGGAA